GCUAUUUACACAGAGCACACGAAUUACCAAAAGAAGAGCAAGCGGAAGCCACUCCAACAACAGUCCACUGUUCAAGCAAAAAAUUAUUGUGAAUCGCCUCUGAUUGUUGUUUCUGAAAGUCAUCUCUGUCACGUCCGUUCGCUUAGCAUAACACUAUAAUCCAAAGGUCUGGCGACAUGGACGUCAGCAUCGCUGUCUCGUUGAUUCGAGGCCAGAUGGGCGCCGUGGUGGAGCGUGCGGUCAAUGGAGCCGUGGAGACAGUCCUGGCCGAGAUGCUUAAGGUGGUGGGGGGCAAAUUCGAGGAACUGAAGGCACAGCUUGCACAUAUGAAGCAUGACAUGGCAACGCUGCAACGAGAAAAGGCCUUGAAGGAAAAGGAGAAUGACAAUAUCCGAGCCAAGCUGCGCUACACCGAGCUGAAACUGAAGUACUAUAGGCAAGGCGUGGAGGAGGAGCUGCAGCACCGAGCCUCCAGCACCUCUCUGGUGCAAUGUCACCAGAGCAAAUGCUCCCCGGCACAACCACCUGGUGCUAGUGUCUCCUCAACAGGAGCUUCACCAUCAUGCUCCUCUCAGACCUCUACAGCAGAUAAUCCACUGACAAGCAAUCAAGAAUCACCUCAGCCCAAGAAUCAGCAUUGCAUUAACUCAUGCAACCAGUCAGACGUGCAAGUGGUUGGUUGUAAACCGACAGACUGUACGUUGACAGUCUCUGACCCCAUGAGCACAGAAUCUUUGGAAAAUUCUGCUCUGUUGUGUCACACAGACCAAGAUGUUCCUCUGAGCACUGGGGCAGGAGGUCAGGGGGGCAAGUGGGAUGCCACUGUACAUCUAUACUCGGACGGCACUGACACCAUUGUGUCCCCGCCUCCUCCCCCAACCCGCAAUGCUGACCAGCAGUCUGUUACCUGCCCUCCAUCCCCACGUGGCUCACCACAGGCAGAUAGCUCUACCAUCGCCAUUUCGACAACACAGGUGAAAAUUGAAGAGGAGGAUCAGCAGGUGAUCUGCAUCAAAGGGGAGCCAGAGGAGGAGCAGCAAAUGAUGUCGUGCCUACUCCUCGAUACUCAGAUCAACGGUGGCCACCUUGUCCAGUCAGAGGUUACGAUGUCUGCGACUGAGUGGUCAGGGCUUCAGGCUAGUCAGAGAAAAUGCUCCUCUGGCUCCAGCUCAGCUGGACCAAGCUCCUCCUAUGCCACACCUCAGACAGGCUUUCCCACCAUUGCUCCACUGCCUCCAGGCAGUGCACGGCAGAUUGUGCGUGAUCCAUGGACUAAAGACUUCAGCCUGUACGAAGAGUACAAAAUUCGGCGCAAUGAGUUACGCCGGCGAAGCCUUAAUCGACGGCGAGAGCUGGAAAAAACCCUCCCUCAGCCUCUACUGGCUGAUCUGGUACGGGAGCGGCGAGAAAAGACCAGACUGAGGGUGGCUAGAUGGCGGGCAAAGAGAAAAUUGCAGGCUUGUCUCAACCAAGUUCAGACUCAGGGUGGUGCAGUGUCACUUUCCCAGGAUGUCUUCCCCAUCAGUGGUCCUCACCAACACAAAACUCCUUGUGCACCCACUUCCGGUCCUCUCAACAACGUAGUCAUCUCUGGGAUCACAACUUUUCCCUUCGUCACGCCGCCGUCGUCCUCCCUGUUUCUGAGGGGCCCCAAUAUGCCCGCGCAGGUCAAUCAGCAUGUGUUGAUGUCAUCGCCGCAUUCUGCCUCCUACCCGCAGGUCAGCCUAACGCAGCAAAGCACGUCUUUGACAGACGGCAGCGUCGACCAGUGAGGAUCCAGGCUGGACUGCCGUUGUUUGACUGGCAGUGGCCACCACUGUUGCAUCUUUACAUGUAGUUUAGACACUGAUUGACUUUCAGAUCCUGUUGCAAUGAGCACAAUCACUUCAAGAAGAGAAAAGUGUAUCGUGGGGAUGAGCAUUGAACUUCAUUUUAAAAGUGAAAACUCAUAGUCAGUUAAUUUUUAAUUUUAAAAAUUAAAUGUAAUUUUCAAAUUUAAACAUUGUGUACAGGAGAAAAAUACUACAAUUUUAGUACUUUCCCUGUGUGUUUGGCCAUAAUAUUAUUUUGCUAAUAAGUAGGCUUUAUACAAUCGAGAUUUUUGCAGCCAAUCACCGAGUUUUAAUAACGAUCGCCAAUCUGAUCACUAAAUGAGGCAACGAGUCUAUUUAAAUGAUCUGUUCAUUUACUGUAUAUACUUGCGUAGUUGUUAAAAUAUAUAUAUUUACAAUAAAUAAUGUAUCUCUGGUCAUCUAUUUAUCCCAGUGAGGCAGAGUGACAGACAAAACACAUUGAUGGUCUUCUAUUAGAUGGCAGUUAGUACAUAUGACAAUUAUUUAUCUACUUUUUGUGACAUUUUUGUUUGUUGGUGUGUUAAGAGAUUUUUCACUUGCAAAGUCUGUGCCUUGGCUCCAAAAACGUUGCAAAUCUCCGAUCUGGGCAGGUCAUCUGUUCAACAGAACAGCGGGAUGUUUACACAUUGUUUUAUUGAUGGCUUGCGAGCCGUAUCAUAUUAAAAGUACAUGAACAUACCUCAAGCAAGCCUUACACAAAGUCCUCUCCUGUACCAAGCAGUGGUGACCACCACCACUACCCCCCACCUCCAUUUUUACAUUUUAAUAUAGUCGGCAUGAUCCACUUGUGUUGUCAUCCUCACUUUAACGUGUGUAUCUCGUCACAUUUGAGUUAAAUAUAUAAAGCGUAGUGAUCAUAAAAAGCAGGACGCAGUGGUAUCUGAAUAUAAGAUUUUAUUGUAGUAAUCUGGCAUAGUCCAAUUGUGAAAGAGCAAAUUUGUCUCAUCUGAUCUGCUCAUUAUGUGAUAAAAUCUGUAUAAAGUCUUCUAAGAAGGGUUUUCAAUGAUGGUGACUUGAGUCAUUGUGACUUUCAAGACUUGAAAAAUGAUACAAAAGACUUGUUUUUCAGUUGACUGCCUAGCCUGUCAUGUGACAAUUGCUUAUCAGGCUAUCUAUGAAAAAACUGCAGGUACAAUGCCAGACUUACCGGCAAAAACCAAAAGUACUGUAUUAGUUCAAUGAACAUGGCAAGGCUUAUUGAUACUGUCAGGAUUGUAAACAGGGUCUGUCCAUAAUUUCCUUAAAGCUGCAACAUCCUUUUUAAUAAAGAGGCCACCCCUAAUUGAACAUGAAUCUUACGUAGUGUUUACUUUUUAUACAAUACUGGGGAACAAUUUGCAAAAAAUAAAAUGUGCCGAUUACAACUAAAUUUGGCACGCUGAUUCCAAAAUUGCUGUCCUUUUUUUUUCUAGCAUGUCAAGUUUUUUUUCUCCACAGCUUACUCAAAAUGAGCAAAUUUCCACUGGUUAGCUGCAGUAAGACUGGCCAGUUGAUUAUGAUUGGACUCCUCUUCAGCUGCGUAGCAACUUAUUUGUCCGGUCACAAUUGAGACAGUGCGGAGAGAGGUGUGUGCCGCUCCCAAUAUUAGGUCAGUACUAUCAAGAGGUACAAAGAGAAAGAUAGCAUAGCAGGAAUCAACACAAAUUGUGCUGGGUUUUUUCUUAACUUUAUAACCACAGGGGUAAUAUAAGUU